GCUCACAAUCGGAAUUCUUUUAAACAAUUUCAUUUUUCUUAAAAGUCCCAAAACAGGAAAUCAGCCAUAAUCUCGAUGGCUGAUGAGGAGAUUGCAUUUGAUGUCGCCGAUUCGGGUGCAUCGAAGACGUACCCGAUGCAAUGCUCGGCAUUGCGUAAAAACGGAUUCGUCAUGCUGAAGGGUCGUCCGUGCAAGAUCGUGGAUAUGUCCACCUCGAAGACUGGCAAGCAUGGGCAUGCCAAGGUCCAUAUGGUCGGCAUCGAUAUAUUCACCCAGAAGAAGUACGAGGACAUUUGCCCCUCGACCCACAACAUGGAUGUGCCGCAAGUUAAGCGCGAAGACUAUCAGCUGACCGACAUCAGCGACGAUGGGUUUCUUACCCUCAUGUCCGACAAUGGGGACAUCCGUGAGGAUCUCAAGGUGCCUGAGGGAGAAUUGGGCGGUCUAUUACGUCUCGAAUUCGAGGAGGGCAAGGAUCUGUUGUGCACCGUAUUGGCGGCUUGUGGCGAGGAGUGCGUCAUUGCCACCAAGGCCAAUUCGGCACUGGAUAAGUAGGAAGACGAAGAACGGCAAGAAGAAGAAGAAGAAUGAAGCCACAGGCACAGAACUUAGGCUAAUAAACAUGUAUGCUUUUAUAAAGCAGAAUUGCAAUAAA